CACCGGUACAGGGCCCCAGAUGUGGAGAGUGUCCUCGGCGCCGCUCUGGGCACGGUAGGAGUCAGGCCCAGCGGUCUGCACACAGUCGGAACCCGUACAGCCCUUCGCGCACAAUAAGCGUCGAGUGAAGAGCUCUGUACGCUCCCGAUAAGUGGAAUUGGGUUGUGGAAGUCGAUUUAAGACGCUCAGAACCCUUCCGUCCCGCUUCCCUACUCCCGUUACCACAAAAUCAACCCUAGGGGGGACCACGUGUCUGGGAGACGGAUCCCGAUCGUGCUAUAUAUAUAGCACACCGCUCCGCCAACCGCGAGGACCGCCCGGGACCCUCAGGAGGAGCCGGGUCUGCCUUCCUCGCCCACCUGACCACCCGACGCCGUUGAGGGGGACCAGCACAGGGGAGAGGCCGUGCCGAGGAAGAACCCCGGCCUGCCCUCCCCCCGGGGCAGUGGGAGACUUCGGGCCUGUCCCGGGUUCUGCCCCCCUGAUCUGGGUUCCAGCCCCCUGCCUCUGGGUGGGGUCCCAGGUUCCCUUCCUCCCCGCGGGGGACCAUGGACCAACUGCCCAGACCCCACCCAGCUGGCCCCAGGAGCCCCGGGGUGCGGCGGUAACCGGUACCAGCCCACCAUGCAGACCGGCUCCCCCGCCACCCACGUCUCCUGGUCGCCCACCGCAGGCGCCUCGGGCGGCAACUCCACGUGCAAGGAGAACUCUGAGUUCCCCCACUUCCUGUAUGCCGUGACCUACACGGUGAUCCUGGUGCCCGGCCUCAUCGGCAACGUGCUGGCGCUCUGGGUCUUCUACGGCUACAUCCGCGAGACCAAGCGGGCCGUCAUCUUCAUGAUCAACCUGGCCGUGGCCGACCUCAUGCAGGUGCUGUCGCUGCCCCUGCGCAUCUUCUACUACCUGCACCGUUCGUGGCCCUUCGGGCCGGGCCUCUGCCUCUUCUGCUUCUACCUCAAGUACGUCAACAUGUAUGCCAGCGUCUACUUCCUCGUGUGCAUCAGCGUGCGCCGCUUCGGCUUCCUCAUGUUCCCCUUCCGCUUCACCGACGCCAAGCGCCAGGGCGACGUGCUGGUCAGCCUGGCCGGCUGGGUGGUCGUGGGCCUGGCCUGCCUGCCCUUCCCGCUGCUGCGCCUCGGCGGGGUCGACCCCUCCGUCGCCGGCAACAUCACCGGCGCCGCCGCCGGCUCCGGCCACUCCCCUGGCCCCCACAACGCCACCUGCUUCGUUGACCUGCCCACCCUCCAGCACCUCAGCCUGGGCCAGGCGCUGGCCCUGCUGGGUGUGGCAGAGCUCCUGGGCUUCUGCGCCCCGCUGCUGGCUAUCCUCUACUGCUCCUGGAAGGCCGCCCUAUCCCUGCGCCAGAAAGGCCCCGUCCCGCAAGACCUGGGCGAGAAGAAGAAGGCGCUCAAGAUGAUCCUCACCUGUGCCGCCGUCUUCCUCAUCUGCUUCGCCCCGUACCACAUCAGUUUCCCCCUGGACUUCCUGGUCAAGGCCAACAAGAUCGACGGCUGCCUGGCCCGGAGGCUGAUCCAGACUUUCCACCCCGUGGCCCUGUGCCUGGCCAGCCUCAACUCCUGCCUGGACCCGGCCCUCUACUACUUCACCACGGACGAGUUCCGGAGGCGCCUGUCACGCCAGGACCUGCAGGAGAGCCUGCCCCUGUCCACCCGCCCCUUCUCCAGCCCCCGUGGCCCCUCUCAGAACGGGCACGUCCAGCCCGGCGCCGGGUGAGCGGGCCUUGGGCCGGGAACACCCCUCCGGGGACCGGCUGAGCUAGCCGGCGGCCCCCCGCACCCAUCAGGUGCCCCACGCUGGACAGUGGCUCCGCCCUGCUGGGGCCCACCGCCAGACCUCCAUCGCAGCCCCAGCCUGAGCUCAGGGAGAGCAGGGCCCUCCCCCACUCACCUCGUUGCCUGCUCUCCACGGCCGCCCCUCCCCGCAAACCCCAACUCCGCCACACUAUCCAAGUGGGGGCCUUGAAUUGACCAGGCCACAAACUGUCCAAGCCACACCUCUCCAGGCCACGGACUGUCUCGAGACUUCCCCGACUUCCACUGGUCCCCUAGUUUCUGGUGGCAGCCAGUCUUGUCGUGUGACUGGGGGCAGUUUUGGCUGGUCCAAGGGUAAGUGCUCAUAGGCACACUCAGGGCUCCCGAAGACCAAUAAAGGGACAGCACUUUCUGUGGGGUGGGAAGGGACCUGUGCUUUAAAUAAACUGACAUCAGGGGCCCCAGCAAGAACUGCAGGACAGAAGCCAAGUGGUCAGUCACUCUGGGCCCAAGUGCUGCAUCACUGGUUACCUACUGUUGAAAGCCCCAAGUGCGAUCAUCCAGCCAGCCCCUCCGUAGAGCAACCGGCAUCCAUGUGAUCAUCGGGCCAGCCCCUGGCCAGGGCACCUGGAGCCAGUUCGAUCAUCUGCAUGUCCCGGGGAGGGUACCCAAGUGGUCAUCAGCCCAUCACUGGACAGGGCAACUGAGGCCGUCAGAUCAUUAGCCAGCCUGUGGACAGGGCACCGUUUGCCACUGCGAUCAAUGGCCAGCCCCUGGGCAGCGCACCAGGAACCUGGGAACAGAAAGAAAAGUAUGAGAUGCUGACCAGACCUCACUAAGUUGGAGUCUAACAGGGGAGACAAGCAGACAUAAACGGAUACAUUAGACUGUACUUAAAAGUGGCGGAGUAGCUAUAAAUACUAACCGCAAGUGGAGGUCUGUGGAUGAGAAUCCAUUCUGGGUCACUCUGGAAAAGUCAGGGAUGGAGAGAGAGAAUCAGGGGUGUUUGAUGGUCUGUGUUGGGUCACUGGGGGAGAGACAGGGAUGGAGAGGGGAGAGUCAGGGGUGUUGGAGGGUCCCUGCUGGGUCACUGGGAGGAAAUUUGACCCUCAUUUUCUACAAGACUUGGGUAUGGCAGGUUCCAAUGCCCACUUUAGUCUUCAUUUUUGGAUUGGAAAGGUGUGAGUUGUACAUGGGCCUAAAAUGGGUGUACCAGCCCGAGUAUGUGUUGGCCAGGAAUCUGGGGUCCCAGGGGGAUUGGUGGUCCAGAGACCCUCCCAGCAUUUGGACUAUGGACCCAGGCAGGCUUAGGGCACCCCUGGAAGUUAACUGGGGGGAACAAUGAUUCCUUAAGCACAAGGGAAUUUUUAGGCAGCUUUGUUUUUUUGUACUCAACUGUGAAUCUGUGUUGGUUUAACUUUAUUUGCCACUAUAAUUUAUAAAGUUUUUUGGUAAGAUUUUUGUCAUCAUUAAGGUCA